AUGCAAACUGCGGAUCCGCAACAACAGGCGCAGCAGGCGCAGCAAGCGCUGCAGAAGCGCAAGGGUCCCGGCGAUCCCGCGGCGGGGUCCGCGCUUCACGCCUGCAGCGCGCCGACGGAUCUGGCGGGAAACCCGUUGCGCCGAACGCUGUGGAUUCGCUUCAAGCACGGGCGGCCGACGGAGGUGGAGCUGGAAGAGGACGAGCUGCACAUCGACCACCUGAAGAAACGCCUGAAGCUGCUAUUUCCGAAGAUGCUGGGCCACGUGGAAGUGUUUGAGUUUUCAAUAAGGCACUCUGCUGCGGAUCAUGGCUGCGUACCCGAGGAUUUCCCGUUGGAUCACCUGCGGGAGGGGAAUCGCGCUGCUGCUCCACUGCUCGUCGAUGCGCCGGAGCCAACGUCAAUGCACCGUUCGUGGUCCUCGCUGCUCCAUUCCGCCUCGGCGUUGGUUGCUGUUGCUGCCCCGACAGCAGCAACGUCGCCCCACAGUCAGGGCUCGUUGCAAGUGCAUGGAGCUCAUGGGAUGAUGCCAUCCGCCAAUGGAACGCUAACUCUGCAGAUGGUGCCAACGCCACCGGAUAGGCUCACAGCUCCCAACCUUGCAUCUGCUGCCCUGGUUGCAGUGGCUCCGCCGGUGUGCCUCGACCCUGCAGCAGGCCCGGGGGGAGUGAACCUCUCAUACGUGGUGGACGGUGGCCGCGACGACGCGUUUGGUGCUAUGGGCGCGGUACCAGGCUCGCUCGCGGGGAAGGGGAUAGGCAUGGGCCCAGGCGGGAUGGGCGGGGGUGGCAUGCACUGCGAUCCUGACGAUAUGCGGCAGCUGUUUCACCCAGAAGCAGCACCGCCGCCCCCAGCAGAAGUCAAGGUCGGAGGGAGGAAACGGAAAAACGCUGCUGGGGGUGGAGCGGGGGGCGCGGGAGGAGCUGGGGGAUCGGGUGGUAUGGCGCAUCUUGGGGCCAACGGGCUGACGGAGAUCUCUCCAAAUAGUCGCAGCAAGAAGGCAGCGGAUGGGCUACACAAGGGGCAGAGCAUCAUCAUGCGUUACAACAACGAGGACGUGGCCAAGGCUCGCAUAGUCUCGUGUGAACGGAGUGGAUUCUGCAAGGUGCGGCUGCACAGCCUGAUAACAGACGGCAGUACGCUGCUGUAUGAGAACAGCCUGCCUUCUGGCCUGCGCAUCCCGCUCAGUGAGGUGGGCUCACAGGAGUUUUUGUGGCCGCGGGCAGACUGUCGCAGGGACUACUACUCAUACAGCGAGAAAGCUGACAACUCGCAAGCCUCUUCUUGA